GAUCAGAAAUCCAGAAGAAGAAAAAAAAACGGUCAUGCGAUCACGUGACUCAGUUCCUGCUGCCAACAUGGCUGCCGAGGAGCUGCCGUCUGAUUUUGAGAUCGUCAUUCUGGGAACAGGUCUUGCUGAGUCGGUGGUAGCAGCUGCCUGUUCGAGGGUUGGACAAAGGGUUCUUCACCUGGACAGGAGGAGUCAUUAUGCAGCGAACUGGGCCAGCUUCACCUUUAACGGCCUGCUCACCUGGAUUGAGGAGCAGAAGGAGGAGUCUAAGCCUGAGAAGAUCGAGGAUUGGUCGAGUUUAGUGGAGGAAGGGGAGGAGCUUAUACACCUCUCAAAUUCAGAACCCGCCUCCAUCACUAACCUGCAGGUGUUUAGUUACACCAGUGAGGAGGAGGAAGCUGAUGAACCAAACACCAUAGAGGAAGAAAAAGCAGCAGGUGAAGAUGCAGUUAAAGAGUCGUCAGAGACCGAGUCUGCAGGUUCAAAGGAAGAAGAGGAUGCUGGACCUGCAGAGGGAGAGGAGCCUGCAGAGACAGAAGAGGAGGAGCCUGAGGCUGACCAGCCGCCGGCCUCGCCUCCUUCCAGCCAAUCAGAGCCCAUCAGAAAGAAGAUCAGCCAUGCUCAGCUGGUAAAGGAGGGGCGCAGGUUUAACAUCGACCUGGUCUCUAAGCUCCUGUUUUCUCGUGGCUCUUUGGUCGAUCUGCUCAUCAAAUCAAACGUGAGUCGCUACGCUGAGUUCAAGAACGUGACCAGGAUACUGACCUAUCGCCAUGGCAACAUAGAGCAGGUUCCCUGCAGCCGGGCUGAUGUGUUUGCGAGCCGCCAGCUCUCUGUCGUUGAGAAGAGGAAGUUGAUGCGCUUCCUGACGUCAUGUAUGGAGGAGACGGAGGAGCAGACGGCCUACAGCGGUCGGCCAUAUUCUGAAUUCCUGCGUGACCAACAGCUCGGUGAAAGCCUGCAACACUUCCUGCUUCAUUCUAUCGCCAUGGUAACGGAAGACACACCCACAGAGGAGGGACUUGCCUCCACACGUCACUUCCUUCGGUGUCUGGGUCGCUAUGGCAACACUCCCUUCCUGUUUCCUGUGUACGGCCUUGGAGAGAUCCCCCAGUGCUUCUGCAGGAUGAGCGCCGUGUUUGGAGGGAUCUACUGUCUCAGACACUCCGUCCACUGUCUCAUCGUGGACAAGGACACCAACAGGUGUAAGGCGGUGAUUGACAGCCGAGGCCAGCGAAUCAGCUGCAACCAUGUGGUUCUGGAGGACAGUUACCUGGACGCAGACAGGAAGCCGACAGCCACACCCCCCAGGUAUCUGAGCCGGGCCGUCCUCAUCACAGACGCCUCGGUUCUGCCCUCAGACCCAGACCAGCAGAUCUCCAUGGUAACGGUUCCUCCCGCCACAACAGGAGGUCCUUCAGUGAAGAUGGUGGAGCUGAGCUCGUCCACCAUGACCUGCAUCCCUGGAACAUACUUGGUCCAUCUCACCUGCCAGUCGGUUGGCUCCGCCCAUGAGGACCUGUUGCCCGUGGUAACCAGGAUAUUCAGAACCACAGAGCCUCAGGAGGAAGACCGUCGUCCCUCUGUCCUCUGGUGUCUGUACUUCAACAUGGCCGAUGGGUCAGCGCUAGAGGUUGAAGGUCACCGCGUACCAUCCAACGUGUACGUCUGCUCUGGUCCAGAUGGAGCGCUGGGACACGAACACACCAUCAGACAGGCCGAGUCCAUCUUCCAGAAGAUCCUCCCAGAGGAGGAGUUCUGUCCUCCUGCUCCAAACCCUGAAGACAUCAUCUAUGAUGGAGACAAUGCGUCCCCUGGAGAGGACAGAACAGCAGUGGAGAACGGAGGGAACCAGGAGGAGAACCAAGAGAAAGAAGGAAACCAGGAGGAGAAUCAGGAGGAGAACCAAGAGAAGGAAGGAAACCAGGAGGAGAUUCAGGAGAAAAAAGGAGACCAGGAGGAGAAUGGAGUGAACCAGGAGCCUGAGGAGUAACAUGAACCUUCACCACUUUAUUUUCUGCUCUGAUCUUUGGCAUGAAGGCAGCAGCUGCACUGCUGCCACCUGCUGACUGCAGCCUGAACUGCACCACUCAAGGUUCUGGGAGGAGACCCAUCAGAACUCUGUUGCGUUUGGACCCUUGGUUCUAUUUAUGCUGUAUUUUUUCUUUAUUGGAUUAUGUAGAUGACAGUUAAUGUUUUUCUGUUGCUGUAAGCAUCAGUUCUUGUUGGUUCUGCUGGGUUCUGAUCCAGGUUUCACCACCGAUGUCAGAUCAUUCAGCAGUAUUUGGCCAAACACAAUUAGCCUUUGGAUGAUAAGGUAACAAAUAAACCAAGUUCCUAUAUCAGCAUCAAUGUU